GUGAAGAGGCUUUGAUCUCGUUGCCAUAGCUGUCAGAAGCUCUGCGCAAACCGCAGCCUGUCUGGCGCGAGACUCGUCCAACUCUAGUUAAAAAUGGUUAACUAAUGAAUAAUCAAGACUUACUGCUUGGAUGCCUUACUUCGCUUCGUUUAACUAUUUUAGUUUCGAAAGCGGCGGCUUGCAAUUUUGUUUUUCCACUGAUAUUCAAAUAGCCUACAGCACGUUCUAAACUAAACUCUGUAGCGCGUGGAAUCACUAAAGAUGUCGCAGAGUUCUUAUGGCCGAAUGUGGGAUGCUGCUCAGGGAGCUUUGGAGUACCUUUUGGAGGAUGAAUAUCCCACAAUGCAACUCCAUCCUCAAAAGGACCGCAUGCAGGUUUUUCAGACAUUGGCCACUUUCUAUCUGCGCUACCUGAAGAUAUUCCGUGCCCUGGAGGAGGUUUAUGAUCAGCUUGUUCACCCCCAGAAGAGACGGGUUGUGCACCAGGUUCUUGAGGGGGUGAUGGGGCGACUUGUUGAGCUGAAGAAUGAGAUGGUGGAGCUGGAGUUCUCAGAGUUUCACUACUUUGAUGACAUAUUGCAGGACCUCAAAAUGACACCUGAGGAUCUUGAGGUGCCUAUCCCACGCUAUUUUGUGAGGGAGAAGAUGAGGGCACUGAAAGAGAGGGAGAAGAUGUUGGCCCAUAUUUUGGCUAAAGGAGGACGUCAGGAAGAUAAAAGUCAGGUGCCAGUUCCGUCCAUGUCUAUAGAGCGGGCAAUUUGGCUGCUACAGGUCAGUGAGCGAGCACGGCAGGGAAGACUGAGAGCUCGCUUCAUGAAGGCGAUUCUGCAGGAUGAACAAAGAAAACUUCAGAGUUCAAGCUCUAGCAUAUUGGACCCUGACUGUGCAGCCACCUGCAUUCAGAAGGUUUGGCGGGGGUAUCGAGACAGGACGAGGGUCAAAAAGGAGUGUCUAGAGGAGAUGAUAUUUUUGGGAAUGAUACCAGCCCAGCAACCAACACCUACCCCUGCCCAAUUGCAUGCCCAUCAGCUGGCAAGUAGGAGGCAUGGCAUGCAGCAGGAGCAUGAGGCUGAGUACCAGAGGGCACUUGCCAACAUCAAAGAGUCAGUGCAAUGUGUGGAUGGCCCAGAUAUUAAAGAAAGCCUGCAAGAACAAAUAAGGCAGUGGUUUAUUGAGUGUCGAGAUGCCACUGGGAAGUUCCCUGACUUUCCAAGCCCUGAAGAUGGAGGAUCUGCUUCCAUAUUUGCUCAGAAGACACCAGAGCAGGUUGCUGCUGAAUUUGCUGCUAAGGAAGAAGAGAGGGAGAAGAAGAAAAAAUCGAAAGAAGAUAAGGACAAAAAGGGGAAUGACCGCAAAAAGAAGAAGAAAGAGAAAAAAGGGAAGAUGAAAGGAAAAAAGGGGAAAGGAGAUACAGAGGAAGAAGAGAAGGGAUGGAAGAUGACUCCCAGUAAUUUCCUUCCUACAGUAGUCGAGGGAGCCAAACUGUACAAAGAGGUUUGGCAUUACCGAGAUGAAAAACAGAACUUCAUUCAAAGUUUCGAUGCUCAGUUGGUGCGAGAGGAGAAGAGAUUGGAAGUUGAAGAGGAGCUCAGAGUUCAGGUGGACGAGCUGAUGAGGCAGGAACUGAAGAACCUUAAACUGGUGGUGGACAGAGACAAGGGAAAGAAAAAGAAAAAAGUCAAGAAAAGUAGUAAAAAGAAAAAAAAGAAAGGGCGGAAGACUGGAAAGAAGAAGAAGAAAGAGAAGGAUCUCACAGCUGACAGGACCAUAGAAUCUCUAUAUGAGGAACUUGUUCUGGAAGGCUUCAUAAUCAGGCCAAGGAACAUCAAGUUGUCCGAUUACAUAGGUGAAUACAGUUACUUGGGCACAACACUGCGGCAAGCAGAUAUUGAGCCCAUGCCAUCUCUCUCUGACGUAAGACAGCUCAUCGCACUUUAUGGCAUUCUCCCUUUGGGCUCUCAGUGCGUCCAUGAGAGAGGGCCCCUGAUCCGGGCUGUGCUGCUUACGGGGCCGGCAGGGGUUGGGAAGAAGAUGUUGGUGCAUGCCCUAUGCAACGAAACUGGUGCAAACUUAUUCGACCUCUCCCCUUCAACACUAGCUGGCAAAUAUCCAGGCAAAAGCGGACUGCAAUUCCUCCUGCACAUGGUCUUCAAGGUGGCUCGCCAGCUGCAGCCCUCAGUGAUUUGGAUCGGCGACGCUGAGAAAACAUUCUACAAGAAAGUUCCAAAGCUGGAGAAAGAGAUGGAACCCAAAAGACUAAAGAAAAACCUGCCGAAGGUCCUAAAAUCUAUUAAACCAGAGGACCGUGUGUUAGUGGUGGGAACGACACGCAGACCUUUUGAUGCAGACAUCAAACCUCUCUGUAAAGUUUACAAGAAGAUCAUUUUGAUCCCUAGACCAGAUUAUGCUUCGAGAUUUACUCUGUGGAAGGAGCUGCUCCAAGCAGGUGGUGCUCAGUUGGGCCCUAAGCUGGACCUGAGCUCUCUAGCUAAAGUUACAGAUGGUUACACUCAGGGUCACAUUCUUCAGGCGAUCCAAACUGUCCUGAACUCUUACCGCCUCAACCAGCAGACCAAAAGACCCCUCACUGCUGUGGAGUUCAUCCCACCUCUUGCAAGGCUAGACCCGGUCUACAAAGAAGAGGAGGAGGCCUUUAAGACUUGGUACAGCCGGACACCUCUGGGCAAAAAAAGGGCACGAGCGGCCAGGGCCAGUGAGGAGGAGGCAGAUCUCAAGAAAGGGAAAACAAAAGGAGGAAAAUUACAAACAAAAGGGAAGGAGGGGAAGAAUAAGAAGAGAAAGAAAAAGAAGUGAAAAAAAUGGACACUCCAAUCAGACCCUUAAAAAAAAUACAGUUGCAGUUCAUCUUCUGGCCAGCAGAGAGCAUCAGCACAUCUCCCAAUGAAAAGUCUACUUCAGUGUUUAAUCCUUUCCUUUGUUUCUCAACUAGUACUUUUUAUGGU